GAUGAUUUUAACGGAGACUAUUACGUUUCCGCAUUUAAUUUAUUCAAAUAAUGAUAUUCAAGGAAUAUUUAUGGAUUUAAGGCAAGAAGACUUAGUUAAUAGACUUAUCAUACAUUCAUCUGCCUCAACUGCUGAUGUUUUAUGCAAUAUGAACGAUUGGGAUACCUAUACAAUUCCAAUUCAAGCGUUAAAGGACGGAAUAAAGCAUAAACAACUUGAUACUGUUGCAUUUUAUCUGAGAAGCAAAGAAAAUAUGUUUUCCAUUGAAAAAAAGCUGACUGACUUAAGAUCUGUUGAUGAAACCAGGGCAAUUUGUGGAUUAUCUCUGUUAGAAAAUGCUGUUAUUGAACACAUUGAUAACUUACAAACAAGACAGUUUGGCGAAAGUCUGCUCAAAUUAUGCUUAGAGCAUUUAUAUAAAAUGAAUAAGAAUGCUGUUAAUUCAUUAAAAAUGUUAAAGCAAAUUGAAGAACCUACUGAUUUAUUGGAAUCAAAAAUUAUCAUUUGUCUAGAUUCAUUAAUGAAUUUUAUAAUUAAAUUUCGAAAUCUCUUAACGAAGGAUAUAAAAUUUUCUCGCCAUUAUUCAAUGCAAGUAUUAGGAGAUUGUCCAUUAAAUACUAAACAAAUAACAUUAUUGAAUGAAUGGUCAAUGCUAUCUAAAGAGCAAACUAUACUACAAGGAUUAAAAAUACAAGAUGUUGGAUUUCUUCAAUUGUAUUUAGACAAGAUUUGUAAUGAUACUGAUCCUCAUAAAUCAAUUGUUGAAUUGGGAUUAAAUGAAGUUUAUAAUAACCUAUGUCAAAGAAAACUUGACGAUGCUUGCUCGCUUUUAUUAACUUUGGGUUUUGAUUGGAUAAAAGAAAUAAGAAAAAUUUGCAAAUUUACACCAGAUAAAAAACUAAGGAGAUAUCUUACAAAUGUUUUAACAGAGAAAGAUUUAUUUGAUGAAGUUCAAAGUGAUCUUAUUAAUUAUAUCUACAAAUUAGAAGAUUUAUAUCCAUGUCCAUCACUCAGUAUUUCAAAACAACAUUUGCAGAAUUCAGCUAAAAAUUCUUCAAGUCAUCUACGAUUAAGUCUAAUUACAAAAUAUGAGAGUAUUGCCGAGAAAAUCAAUGUAAAUUGUUCAGAUAUUAGUAAACAAACCACUUCGAAUGUUAUUUCUGGUAAUUACUCUAAUACUUUAAUUGAUUGGGUUGAAAAUUGGACUGAAGAGACUCGUCUAUUCGUUCUAUUAGACGUUAUAUUGAGGAAAAACGACACCCCAUUCCAAAGUAACCAAAUUACAAAAGCAGCUUGGAAAUACUUUGUAUUAUAUUCAAAGGAAACAGAAUUGAAAUUAUGGAUAGAUAAUUAUUUUUUUAAAAGAAACACAGUGAACCGUUGGCCAUUUAACACUCAAAUAUUUCCUGAUGCUCUAUCAGACUUGAAACUUGGUACGCUAUCAUUAAGGGAAGAGAUACUUAAUUAUCUAUAUAGGGGAGGUAUAUUUGCAAGAGAAGAGGAAGAUAAGAAUGAGGGGACUGGCUUGAAAUUCUUGCAAAGAUUAUCGAAAAGUCAAGAAACGCUUAUGAAUUUGGGCACUUUAAACAUUCCAUUCGAUUUUGGAGCAUUAACAAUUGAUGAAGCGUAUAGAUAUUUCGUGAAAUACUGCAUUGAUCUAGAUUUACCUGAUCUAUUUUAUAAAUUUCUCUGUAUUAAUCAAUCGGACAAAUUCACUGAAAUACUAGAGGAAUUCAAUAUUAACUGGAUUAAAUUAGCUUUAAAUAUGUUACAUAAUACCGAUAAACAAUUGUACAAUAUAGCGUCAGCUAAUCAGUUAUACUUAAAUCAAGAGAUAAAAACCUGGAAAGCAAUGAUUGAAAACAAUAAAAUUGAUAGAGGAGUUUGUCUGUUAUCUUUAUCUGAUGAAGACUUUACCUACAUUGAUGGAAGAGAUGAGACUAAUUACAACUGGUAUCAAAGGUUUCUAAAUAAUGAAAAAUCUUUCCAUAGUAAACAUAUUACGUUGAAUGAUGCAAUUAAAACAAAGUAUUCAUCACUAGACGAAAUAGGUCUAUCAAAAGAUGAAGAUUUUAAGAAAGGUCCACAUUUUUCGCAAGAAAUUUACGCAAAACGAUUUGGAGUUGUAUUUAAUUUGAAUUAUGUUCAUUAUCUCAAACAUAGCAGACCUUGUUUUGCAUUUUUUAACUUUUUACAAAGUUCAAAUAUUAAAGAUGGAGAUAGCAUUAAUAAAAGAUUAUUGAAAGAAACUUAUAGAACUACUUGUAGAAUAGCUCUACAAAAUUUUACGAAGCUCGAUAUAUCCGCUUCUUGUGUAGCAUUUUUAGAAAUGCUAGAUCUUGAAAGUUUUUCACUAAGACUUCACCUACAGAUAGCUAAAGUAAUUUAUGAUUACAGAAGAGCUAUACUCAAUUGUACUAUUGAAGAAAAACGACCACUAGAAUUAAAAUUACAACAAAAUAUAACAUCAUCUCUACUGAAAUGUAUGGAGAAGCAAAAUGCAGAUUUGUCGAAUAUUUUAGAAGAUUUUGAAGAAGCCGCUGUCAAUACUUUAAAUAAUGAUUCACUUGAUCCAUCGGAUAGUAAAACCUUUAGACAUUGGAAUUUGAUUUCUCUUUUCUGUAAAUCAUACUCAGUUGAAGUCUCAAAUAAAUUUCUUUUAAAUGCAAGCCGUAAUAAUAAUUGGUUAUCAUUUAUUCUUUAUUCUCAUCUUUAUCAGUAUCCAUCAAGAGAACUUUACGAAUAUCUCAAGUUCUUUACAAAUAAAGCUCUUCAAGAGCACUUACAUUAUGUAAUAACUACUGCUGAAAACGUUCAAAAGGCUUCACUAACUGGUGAUAGUACUCCAAAAGUUACGAGAAAAACUAAACAAAAGAUAUUCGGAGAUGACGAGACUGACGAAAGUCGUAUUGAAAUUACUCCGAAAAAAGUUGCUAAAAUGCUAUCAGAAGUUGAAUCGGAAGAUUUGCUUGGUUUAGUUUUAGCAUGCGAAAGACACCAAGACACUUUUAAAAUGUUAUCAAAUAUAGCAAUAGAAUAUAAAAAUCCAGUAUUAGCUUGCAUAGCGAGCUGUUAUGAGAAUGUCGAGCUACUAACUGCAAUGACUUCAUAUCUAUUAAGUCAAAGUGAAUCGAAAAGUCUUGACUUGAACAAUCAAUUGAGCAUUGAGAAAUUCUCCGACUUUUCGCUAACACUCAUACAUGACGGUUAUCUUACAAUCGCAUUAGCAAUUAUUCAUUUUCUAACAUUUUGUAAACAAUGUUCUUCUGGAUGCUACUUGGAAGAAUCUAUAGAACAUUUGCAACGUUAUAAAUCAGCAUUAGACAUACCAAGAUCAGAAGUGCACACAAAUUGCUCUGUCUUUGAUCAAGAAUGGACCAUAAACUUUGCAUCAAACGUUUCCGGUAGAUUAGCCGAUAUUCUACCUUUAGCCUCUUCAAUUGAUGUUAUGCGCAUUUUCAACAAAUAUGAAAUAUUUCCAAAAGAUUGCAACAUAGAAAAUAUAAUUGAAAGUUUAAUUCUAUGCCAAGAGUAUAAAAUGAAAGUUUUACCGAGUAAACUAUUAGAGAAAGAUAAAAGAGAAACUGAAGAGAUUACCGAAAAAUUCUUAAAAAUUAAUGAAUACGAAAAUGCAAAGACAUUCGCAUCGUUAAAUUCAUUAAGUCUCGAUUCAAUAUGUCUUAAAAAGAUAAGAUACGAGAAAAUUAAAUCUAGAAAUCUGGAAAAUAGACAAAAUUCUAGCGUUAUUCGUCGAUUUUGGUUUUGGGCUAAUGAUCUUUUAACGACUAAUCGUUGUUCAAUUGAAAAAGCUAUACAAUUUUAUCAGGAAGAGUUACUAGAGUCAGUAACUGCUGAAGAAGAAUUACUACUGACAAAAUUCUUGUUAAAUUGGCUAAGUUUAGAUGAAAAAUCUAAAGAUAUUAUUACUAGUUUUACAAAGAAAUACUGGCAAUGUAAAAUUGAAUUAUUGAAAAAGACUGGUCAAAUAUGUAAAAUUGACGAAGAAACUAAGCUCUUUCGUAAGAUUGUUGAAUUUUUACCACAGAAUCUCAACCUAAAAGAAUUUCAUUACGAACAUGAAAGUUUAAUUGAUAAAGAUACAAAAAAUGCAGUAUCGAAAAUUGUUUGCUUCCUUCUGGAGGAAGGGGAUGUUUUAAGAGCUAUAGAACUUUGUCAAACGCUAAACUGUCCUGAGAAUAAUUUAACUAUUGUUCUCAAUUGUAUGGGUCUUGCUCAAUCCUUAAUUACGCCAAAUACGAUAGAUGAGAAUUUAAAAACUAUUCUUUGUUGCCAAAGGCAACAAGAAAUACCUCCUAAACGGCAUUCUUCUGUUAGUGUGUUCGCUUUGCCAAGGAGUACCAGUGUUAUUAGUUGGAUUGAAGAUGACGAAGAGCUAUUAAAUGACGAAGUAACAUCUGCCAUUGAAUUAUUAUGUUCAGUUGUAAAUCCUGAAUUUAGCGGUUAUUGCGAAAGAAUAUUGGUCACCUAUAAAAUAUCGAAAUUAGUCAAUUUAACCUACGAUAGCGUAGUUAAAGAAGACGCUCUUUCUGUUGUUAAACUUUUACUUAAUCAGAGAUUAAAGUCAAAAUAUACUUUAACUAAAGAUUUUAUGAAAUUUAGCUAUUUAAGCUAUGAGAAAAUUGCUCACUUUCUAUCUGAUAUGAUACUAUCAACAUUCGAAAAUGGACAUAUAACAGAUAAAGAAGUCAGCGUUAGUCAAUUAAUACAAAUAUGUCCAGCUCCGUCAUUAUUAGGGAAUGAUCUGACGAGUUUUGUCUCACAUUUCAAUCUUGAAAAUGCAGAUUCAAAGCAUCUAACGCUAAAUGUUGAACUAUUGAUAAAAGCUCACGAUUGUCACACAAUCUCCUGUAAUACGGAAGGAAUAUGUAAUGUAUUAUUAGCAGUCAGAAAAUUAACUGCUGCAUUGGCGAGUAGACAGGAAUUUUCGUUGCUGAUUCAACUAAUUCUUGGAAUUAGACGCUAUAAUGAAAUGUACGAAGCACUAGAUGUAUUAAAGUCCAAUGGGAAGCUUGGCAUGUUAAUGCAAAAAGCAGAAAGAGACGAUGCAAGCUUAAGAACGGCUUUGCUAGAUUAUUUGAAACCUAAUGAGGCGGGAGAUGGUGAAAUUUACGAUCUACUUAUGAGAAAUUUUAGUAUGCAUAUAGAAAUGGCCGAAGCAAACGAAAAAUUAGCUAAAGUAUGCCUACAAUCACUGCCUGAAAAAGUUGGUAAAGGUUUUGAAGAAUUACUAAAGAAUUCAAUAGAGUAUUAUCAAAGAGCCUCUUGCGAAUAUUUAAAAAAUGAUUGCGUAAAAUUGGCUGAAAAUUGUCUAAGAAGAGCGAAAUUAUCAGCCUUACAAAUCUUUCUGUUGUCAUCGAAACCCACGAGAUACAUUGUUAAUUGCAACAAAGAGGAAGCAUUAAACUUUGCUAUGACUCAUAAGAAUUGCCAUCACGUUCAUAUUGUAUUAGAGGCUUAUGAAAUGCAAAGGGAAUGGGCAAAUAUUCUAUUCCAUAGAAUUAUCUUAAAUUCAGAUUUUCAAUUUAUAGAAGAUUUUAAAGUACGCUAUAAACUUACCGAUGAGCUGAUCACAAAAAUUUGUGAAAGAAAAGAGAUAUUGCGUAGUCAUACAACAAAAUCCAACUUAAUGAAAUUCCUCAUUUCGUAUUGUAAAGAAAAUGCGGAAUGCGUGUUAAAACAAGCUGCUAGAAUAGGCUUACAUGAAGUUACUACUACCCAAAUCAAUGAUAUUCCAACAACUCGUGGGGAAGGUGUCACUACAGAAGACCCAUUUGCUGAGGAGGAGAAGAGGAUAUAUUACGAAUAUACUAUAAAGACUGGGAAAGAUUUCGAUGAUAAAUGGAUUGAUUUAGAUAAGUCCAAUAAGGGAUUAGAAACAGUCAAACAUGUAUCUCUAUCAGACGCUCAUAGGCUUGGAGCUACGAUCGAGUUAAAGUAUAAUUUUAUCUUCUAUGGACACUUUAUUAGUAAAGUUACCAUAACAACUGGAGGUUUCCUGUAUUUAAGCGAUUUUGUACAUCAGCAUAUAACCCGCUGUCAAUACAUGGCACCUCUGAUGGCCAAUAUUGAUACGUCUAUUGGUGAACAUUCUACUGUUUACUAUGCAUAUAAUAGGACCGUUUUUGUGGCCGAAUGGAGGAAAGUACACAUUAAAGAUCAUAAAAACUCUGGAACAUUCCAUUUUCAAGUAGUAUGGUUUAACGAUGGUCUUAUAUAUUUUAAUUAUAAGGAUUUACCAUUAAAAAUUGCAAAAAUAUCGGAUUUGAAACAUCCAGUUACAGUUGGAUUAUCUGAUGCAUAUUAUAUAGAUCAAAUUCUGGGCAACAUCAUUAGAAGACGAAUAUUCGAAUAUCAUUCGCUAAAUGUACGCUUUGAUGACAUCGGAAAUCGGACAACCGUAGAAAUAAAACUAUUACCUACUUGCAUACAAAUUAGAGAUUGUUGGAAAUGUGUCACAGCUAAAAUUGGCUUUGACUGCAACUGGUGUCCCGAAACUGGCUAUUGUUCAGAUGGUACCGAUCGAUUCCGUCAAUCUUACUACAGUAAUGGUUGCCAUAUGAGAAAAAUAACAUUUUGUCCUCAUCAAAAAAAAACAAAGAAAAAACAUAAGAAAGCAAUUAAAACUACCACUCUUGAAUUUUUAAGUGCAUUAACUUCCUCAAUUGAAAGAGAAAGUACAAUAACCUCCAUAACUGAAAGAGAAAGUACAAUAGAUAUUAGCACACAAACUAACAUUCAAACUAAGACAAUUCAAAGGGAAAAAUUCUCUACAAUUAUGAAAACUUCUCCAAAAUUAAUAAAUACCGAUGAAACAACGCAUAAAUCAACAUUGAAAACUACUGAUAAUAACAAACGUGAAGAAACUACAACUUCAAUUGAUAUAAAUACAACAAGUUGUGAUCAGGAAGGAUGGACUCCCAAACCAACGCCACUACCUCACGGAAAGAAGGAUAAGAGCAAGUCCUCUAGUAACAACAGUGGAGCUGUUGUUGCUAUUGUAAUUGUUGUUUUAGUUCUACUAGGAUUAAUAUUUGGUGUAGUUGGCUGGGUUAUCUACGCUUACAGGAAUCCAUCGACAAGCUCAGGUCGAUGGUUUAAGAGGAAUGGCACUGCUGGUGAUAAAUAUGAAGUAAGAAUUGGAUCUGCUGGAUCUCAAAGCAACGCAUAUGCAGUAGCUAAGAGAUGCUUGUGGAAAGUAUCAAUGUUUAUUUUAGAUCAACAGUUCGCUGGGCAGAAUAUUUCUGCCUCUUCUUGUCCUGUUAACGUUACUGGAAAAUUAAAGGAUUUUCAAAGGUUUUCACCAUUCAAAGGAACUGGAAUGUUUACCUACUGCCCUUUAUACGUUAAAGUAGAAAGAUGGCAAGAUAGGAUUAAUGAAUUAAAUCCAAUUGUUGAGAUGAAACCAAUGUGUCGCUCCCAUGAGAAUUUUAAUAAGAGAGUAUCUCACUUUACAAUAAUUCUACAAUCCUCAUUAGUUUCUUUGGAUAAUUCGUUAAAAAAUUCAUUAUGGAUAACGCCUGUACCAUUCAUAGCUUCUACACAGUGCAUUGCCAUAGCUGUUAAAAUGAAAAGUUUAACUACUACAAUUAAAGAAGAUUCAUCCUAUCAUCUAUUAUCUUUAUAUCACUAUAAAAUAUCUGGUAGAGUUUUACCCAGUUGGCUAAGCAGUACGGAUUUAUCUAAAGAUGACUUUACAUCUCCUAAAAGAAUCAAUUAUAUUUGGGGAAGAGGCGGAGUUGAACUUAUUCUCUCUCAAGAGGGAAAACUUAUAGUUUCUAUUGACCACUUUAGAACUUUUCAAGUUGUCCUUUUCAAUUGGGCAUCCCUUAAGAAAUUCCAUUAUAACACUUCUAAAAUAGAGCUAUUUGACGCUCUAUCUUUAGGCGAUAGUUUACUUUUAGCAACAAACGCUGGCCUAUAUAAAUUGUAUAUGUACAAGCUUCCAUACGACGAAAACAUUGAUAAAACAAUAUCAGAUAAAAGCUAUUUAAGGGAUAUAUCUCCAAAGCAUCUUAGAGCUACACCACUGCAUGUGCCAUCCGUCAAUAAAAUCAAUGUUGUUGGCUUUACAUCUGAAAAAAUUUGGUUAAAAGAAAAUAAGAGAUGGCUAGAACUGAAGAGAGUCUGCAAUGAAUCGUGUCAUAUUAUAGAUGUUCGUAUUUUACCAUCAAAUAGCUUAGAGAUGCUUUUAUUAACAAGAACUAAACAAAAAUAUAGGGUAGUGAAACGUAGCUUAGAAACAGAAAAUUACAUAAGAGAGAUUAGAUCACAAGGUGAUUUUAAAGGUAUCGCACAUUCACCUUUCGUAUCAUUUAAUCCGCCUUGUUAUUAUCUUCUCGGAUCCAAGGUCAUCUCUAUAGAAGGUAUCAAUGGUGACGAGAAAAUUCUAACGAAUGAAGCGGUAAUUGAUGUAAUUUUAGAUCGAUUUAGUCGUGUUUAUCUUGUAACAAAGGACGGUAGACUACUGUUUAAAGAGAUUACAGGAAAUUUAGUUCAAUUUUAUCCAUCGAUAUAUUGGAAUAAGGCGUUCGAUAAUCAAGAUCCUAUAAAAGGAUAUACAAUUCUCGGUGGUCUUCUUGACGAAGAUGGUGAGCUUAUGCUUAUCGUCAAGGGUAAAGAAAUCAUGAGAGUAAAAGUUGAAUUUGAGCGUAUCUCUUCAUUCAUUUAUGAUAAUCCAUAUCCUAUUCAGUUCCUAUAUUAUUUCGAAAGCUUACGAAAGUAUACAAGAGAAGUUCGUUUGAUAAUUGAUAAUAUGAACUAUUUCGACAAUCAGACUAAUUCAAAAAGUUCCCUAAAAUCAAUAUCUUCAGUUCAAGCUUUAAAUAUACUUAUUCGCCAUAUCAUUCGAGAUUACGACUCGUCUUUCUACGGUUCCUAUUUAAAUCGAAAUAGUCUUAAUUUGAUCGAUGAAUGGCAAGAGAAUAUGAAGGAUGCCCUGACCCAUUCUAGCCCGUGGUCAGAUUCGGUCAGGCUAGAAAACCUGGAUUUAUCUAAAACAUGGUCAUCAGAAAUUCCCACCGACAUUCACAUUGAUUACGGUGAAACAUUUUCAUUCUCUAUAGUAGUAGAGCCCCUGCUAGACGCUUGGGCAUUUGAAUCAGCUCAUUUGUCAGUAAGAACGCUUGAAAGAAGCAGCUCUUUAGAAAUUACAGUAAAUAGAAAUGUAAACUGGUACAACUCUUCAAUAACCUUUCAAAUAUCACUUAUUAAUAAGAGGCUUAUGAAAAGUUCAAGCGAUACUUGGGAUAAAAAUUUUAUUCCAGUAGAGUUAAAGCUAUUGUGUCCUUUUAAAACAUGUCAGAAAAACUGGAUAAAAACGAGGCCAAUGCAUAUAUUAACUGUUUACUUAGGCUGUCCAAAUUCGCUAUCAAUAUAUUUUGAUCCAGAAAUGAGUAGAAAAGAGCUAUGGAGAAGACUGCAGAAAAAGGCUAAAGGAUGCUGGUGGAGUAAUGAUGGAAUACCGUGUUUCUACAAAAAUGAUAGAUUCUAUCCCAUGUUCACAAUUUACGAUUGGAUUACUGAUAAUAAGACAAUAUAUCAGGGUAACUAUACUCUGGAAUUGAUAGGUGGUGGUGCCAAUUACUUAGAGAAUAUUCGCCACUUCGAUAAUGUAACUUUAGAAAGGAUAAAUGGAAAGAAUGAGAACAAGAUAUUAAGAAUAUACGCUGAAAAAGAUAGUAUAAUUUCGAUAGUUUUACCGCCGCAGAACAGUCAGCCAAUCACUAUUGGGUUAUCCCACGUUCUUGUGGAAAUGCCCAAUAUUCGAUUGGUUUGUAUGAGAAAUGAUAGAAAACUAAUCUUUGAUUCAUCUUGCUCAUCAAACGUUCUACCUUAUGGAACGUUGGGUAACAUGAUGUUUGGAACAUUAGAAAUGGCAAAAGAACCAAUGCUAAAAAUUAAUAAAAUUAAUUUUGACUCAAAUCAUCAGUUAAUGAUGACAAAAUUGUUCUAUUUGCCUGAUAAGUACAAAUCUCGUCUAUAUCCUAAGCUUUGUACUGAAAAUGACGAUGGAGAUGAUAUAGACUUUGGAAGAUUAUCGAAAACGAGAAGCUUGCCACGUGAUUUACCAAAGAAUUCUCGUGACGAUGACGAUGAUUCUGAAACUGAUAGCGUUCACUCAGGAAGUUAUCAUCAAAGAAAUUCUCUCAUUAAAAGAUAUGAGAAAUCAAUGAAAACCAGCCUUGAACAAGAGUGUUUUCUCCAAAACAGUUCACAAUUUUGUGAAGGAAGUCGGAAGAAUUUAAUCGGUCUAGCUUUGCUCUUCACGUUAUCAUCAGACGAAAGAGAAGCGGAUGAAUUUCAAAAAUUCUUCUUUAACCACAUAACCAUCCUUGAAAAUCAUACAUGGAAAAUUGUUCAAAGCUUUGAAAAAUCCUUCCAGUGCGAUCCUAAAAGCCUACAAACAGCUUUAUUAACAUCUUUUUCGAAUUUCAAAGAAGGUUUUAGGGACUUAUUACGAGCACCGAGAAUUAAAAAACCGCUCUGGCUUAGUAUGGCAUCAGAGAAUGAUUUGCAGUCAUAUGAAAAUUUUAUGGAUUCACUCGCGUUCUUAACAAAAACCUGUGAUACGAAACAUAAUGGAUUUUUUACCAGUUGCCUAUUGACGGCUGUUUUGACCAGGCAUUUAUCAUGGGUUCCAACCGUUGCUCCUGCUGAUGCAGGUUUAUCCGAAACCUAUCUGAAUAAACAUAGUGCUAAAUGGCUGACCACACUUGCAAAAUCCCAUCCGUAUAACCCUCUUUGGGCUCAGUUAAGUGAUGUCUACGGUGCUGUCGGCGAUCCACCAUUAUUAACUAGAGUUAUAGUGGUUGGAAAACGUCAAUCAUUAGUCCAAAAACUUAUAACUGUUCUUUCUUACUUUAUACGAUGUUCAACUGUUAGAGAGCAAACUCCAUCUCGACCACCAGUUAACGAAUCAGAUACAAAUCCAAAAAUGUCAGCUACAUCAAAAUUAUAUCCUGAUUUAAGUGAAUUUUCUUCAAGUGCCACUAACUACUCAAAAAAUGAACCUGUUGCAAAUAUUCAGAAGAAAUCACCCCCUACAACUAGGUUGUAUCCAAAUCCUAAGGAAAUAAUGAAAAGAGAAUGCUUAGAUACUCCUCAUUCAAUUGAAAAUCGUGCCAGACGUGUUGAAGCAAUAUCUGUGGGACGUAUGAACGAGAAGAAACCUGUACAAGAUGAAUUGUCUAUCUUUGACGAAUAUUUUGACGGCUCAACAGAAUGCGAUCUCAGUCAUGUACCAAUUCGCCCUCGUAGUUUAGAGUUCAGAAAUCCGAAAAGAGAUGAUAAAAUAAGGCCCCCUUCAACUGCAUCAAUUACUGAUCAUUUAGAAGAGAUAUCACUACCAAAAAAACCAUCACAUUCUCCUCCAUCCGUCGAAGCUGGUAUUGCUUCUAAUCUAUUCGCCGGUUAUACAAAUCGAUACAUGUCAGAUUUCGUCAUUCAAGGGACAAGUGAGACAAAUUUUACACCUAGAAUGAUAGAUGACUUAAUCGCUUAUGUUAAGGAGAACAUACUCGACGAACCCGUUUCCGAGGCAUGUUGCAUUGUAGCGGAUACUGACAAUUUUACUAUAAAAGUGCACACUUGCCUCUCCUCUAUGCCCGAUCGUGUUUGUGCCCACGAAAUCUCCACGCCUUCUACUCUUGUGUCAGAUCUUCUCUAUUCCGUCCUUCAAUUAUACAAACUAAAAAUGUCAUCGGAAUUUUGUGCCAUGCACGUUGAAGACUGCCUUCAACAAAUUUACUUUAAAUCCAAAAUUUUGGCUCAAGUUGUAAAGUGUUCUGGUGGAAGACAACUGAGUAGACCUGAGUUGUCCAAGCAAAUUGAUGCGGAUGAGAGCGAUAUACCACUCUUAUGCAAAGUUGCCUCGACUCAUAUGUCAAGGCACAUUGAAACAUGA